AUGAAAAUCAGCAUCAACUUCAAUCUCAUCUGCUUCGGCUUCCUCUCCGUUCUCCCGUUGGCCCUAGCCGCACCUGCUAGUAGUGCGAAUGCCCUGGCGGCGGAACUCGAUGUCACGGUGACCGCCCCCGGUCCAACGAUCACUGUCGCAGCUAGCACUGCCACCGUCACAGCAGUAGCCACUUCCACCGCGACAAUUUUCACCGUCGGCAUCGAAGACAAACAAUGCGGCAAGCAAUAUAGCGUCAGGCUCCCCACGGGUGUGAUCAUCGUCAAAACCGUCGAUACAUGCGUGACACCGCACCAGCGGACCUGUCCUCGCGAGGCAAUGGUCGCACUGGCCAUGUGGCGUGCGGCGUGUGAGAAGUCGACGGACAAGUUCCGGCCAGAAUGCCAGACCAAGGCGCCGUCGAUCGAAAUGUGCUGCACCGUGUGGGUACCCAACGACAAAGCCAUAUACGAGUUCUACGGCAAGUACCACGAGCGGCUCAACACCACGCAUAACUUCUACACCGAAACCUGGGAUCCCGAAGUCGGCCAGUGGAUCAAGCUCUUCAACGGGCCCGAGGAAACCUACGUCAAGGAUGUAAAUGGCGUUCCCACCCAGUUCAUCCACCUCAUCCUGCCCGGUAAGGGUGAUUAUGACUUGACGCAGAAACCCUGCCAGAGAUUCCAGGCUCCCGAUGAACCCACGUACCUUGCCUUCCAUCAAAGCCUGGGCCAUUACGGCCUUGCCGACUGCAAUGAGAAGGGUGAAGUCUGGUCCAAGGAUGGAAAGACCCUGCUCGGCUACCUUCCAUGA